GUUUGGUUGGUUAUUAAAUAUUUACCAAAUGGGAGACCAGACGACCAAGAAGACGACGACGACGACAGUGACUUCCUACGUACAGCAGAUGCUUAAGGCUACGUAGAUAGUUGAGCUUUAUUAAAAUUUAAAUUUAUCUACCAAGAAGAAAACUUACCUCAACGACUUAUAUAUAAAUGGAGAGAGAGCAUAUGUUCUUAUCCACCACAAGUUUAAGCCCGAGAUUUCUUGGUCCAUCCAAAAGAGAAAAAAAAGUACAAGAAAAAUCUCAUCAUCCAUCCCGAUUCAAUUCAUACUUGAUGACACAGUUACUUACUUACUUUUACGAACAAAAGUAGCAGAAGGAACAGCAGGCAGGAAAAUUGUCCUCCGAAAGUCGGACGAGUUGAACUCUCCACAAAAGUUUUGAGUGUUUCAAAAUUAAUAACACAGAUUCGUUGGAGUGACUAAUUUCAAAGAAGAGAUUUAAUCUCUCUUUACACAACUUGCUCUCUAGAGCUUGGUGACAAAUUGUGUUUCACGUGGUGGUGGUAUAGAUAGUUGUGCCUGUAAUAAAAUGCAUACUUGCUCCUUCUUGCUGUAACAGCAGCCUUGAAGCCGUGCAAUCUGUGAAAUCUUCUUAAACGAAGACGUUCCUCCUCCACCCUAAUUUCCUCGAGAGGAAACAUUUCGAAGGGGAAAAUCACCACCACCGCCACCCGUUCGUUAUUGACAUUUCUUCAUCCUGGGCGAAAUGUUUCUCAACAAGCAGGACGUCCUCCAGUUGCAGAAUGGACAUCAUCCAAUGGUGAGUCUAUCCGGCAAGAUUGCUCGGUACAAGAUAUUCGUCAAUGUGGGUGGAGCAGAUAUGGCCUUCAACAACGGAGGUGAUGAGCGGAUCGCGUUCGGACCGAUGGCGAAAGGACAGAAAAAAUAUGGGUCGACGACAUCCUCCCGAAGCAAAAAGAAUGAACAAGUCGUGGUCUACAAUGUCCAAAAGGGCGACACCCUGGCCGGGAUUGCGAUCAAGUUUGGGGUCAAUACGGAAGCAAUCCGACGUGUAAACCAAUUGUGGGCGAACGACAGUCUAUUCCUUCGUGAUAAGUUAUUAAUUCCCGUCGAGCAGAGCGAAACGAAUGGAGAAUUGGACAGUAGAAAUAGUAGCAAUCUCUGCUCCCCACUCGAUGAUUCUGGCGGAUUUAAAAUGCAACCCCAUUGGACCCACCCACUCUGUGAUUCCUUCGAAGAGGACUGUAUCGUUAGUCCAGAAUCGGUUAAGUUAGGCUCAAGAAGUUCCAACAUGGAUUUGAACAGUUCUGCAGACACGUGGUGCUCGAGUAAAGAUAGUUUAUUUGCUAAUAAUGUGGAUGGUUUGUCGAAUGGGACGCAUUCUUCGUCCCAUUCACCGCUUGCCUCCACCAAGUCGAAACAUUCUUCGAUGGAUAAUGGAACGUCGUCGUCAUCCUCGUACCAACACUACUAUUCGGUGAAUGAUAAUAGUCAACAGCAGAACAAUAGUCAUCAUCACCACCACAACAAUCAUACCGCAUCUUCGUCAACAACAACAGCGCCAGAAACGCCAACCUCACCCUCGUCCGCGUCCGCGUCUUCAUCGAGAAACUGCAGUAUAGUGGAUCAUUCGGAGAAAUCCGCGCAAGAAUUUCUUUCCAGGAUAGAUUCGGCUAUUGCAUCGAGUAAAAAACAGGCAAAGAACAAGGCUGACGAACAAGAUAAAACUGCCCCUUGGGUUACGUUUGACUCGGACAGUGAGUCCAGUGAUCAUCGCCACUCUUCCGCGUCUGGGACAUCGAUCACGAGGCAGGGGCGACAUUUGCGGUAUUCAUUGAGAAAGUUGGAGAAAGCGCAGGAAGAACUGUUUCAACUAUAGCGAUAAAUUUAGUAGAGUCGAAAUGGUUUUAGAUGAAAAAUAAUUAGGCAUGAUGGCAGCUAUUACAUCGCUCAUCCGCCAAAACAACAACUGAGUCACCGUUUAGGAAAAUUGUAAUUAAUGUUAAACAAUAACUAACAUUCAAAAUUCACCACCUACAAAUAAUGUGUACCUAUUUACAAACAUGCAUCUUCUUUUGGCAAUGUCAAGUUGAAGUUCUAAGUCAAAAUGUAACUAUAUCAUGAUAUACCUAACUAAAUACAGAAGCACCGUUUAUGCCCUAUAUAAAUGUUAUUAUAUUCUUGUUGCAAGCAUUAUUUAUUUGCUAGCAAUUAAGUAUGUAAGUGAAUUAUUUAUGUCCGUAGAUAAGUAUCUUGAAAACGACACACGCAUGAAUUUUAUGUAUUAUUAUUUAAGUUACAAUUUGACACGUUUCUUCAUUUAACAAAAGUAACUAAACGUGUAUCUCAAUCUUUGUAUCAAUACUGUUUGACAAAAUGUGUUAAUUAAUAUCUCAAAAAAAUUCUAUUGCUCAGUUUCAUUCAAAAAGUCAAGACCCAAACGGAAAUUGGGUGAAUAUCGCUAAAAUAUUUAUUGUAUAUUAGAUUAUAUCAGUGUUAUCCAAGAUAACUUAUCUUUGACAAGAUUGUAUAUAGUGAGAUGGACGGAUACCGACCGACCGGCAGCAAUGAUCAUCAUGAUGGCGACAGAUUUCCUGAAUUAAUUAGAUAUGCACUGCACUCAUUCAUAUUUAGAAAAACGGAUACUGACUGAUUCUCAUGAUAACUGAUUAAUUAAUAGAAAAAAGGCAAUCACGACUCUAAUCAAAGUAAUGUUUAUUGUUAAUUAAUUAUCCAUCUUUAUAACUAACUUUAGUAGUUUCUUCGUUGUUCAUUGUUCCUAUACUUGUAAAAAAAGAGAGACAUAUUUCCAAGCCAAUUAUUAACCCCUUAAAUAUAUUCUUUACUAAUUAGACUAAUAAAUAAUUAGAUCACACAGAAUUAUAUUAAAUAUUAAGUAUCUAUUGCAUGAUAAUAAUAAAUAAUGAUGUUAUAACUAUUCCGAAAUGAAAUACCUCUAAAACUAAAAUCAUCACCUAGUCUACUUAACUUUUACGACAUAUCUAUUUACCAAGAAAUCUAUUUACCAACAACGUAUCUGUCUCGAUUAUCAUCUUAUCUUAUCUUAUCCAUCUAUAUAUGUAUUUAUAGAUAUAAAUAUUAUGUUGUUGUUUUCUCUGCUGAUCUGGUCAUUUCCUAUUUAACCCACCAGUCUCCAGCAGAGUUGACUUAAUAAAUAAAUAAAAAUAUAUACGGAAAAACA